AUGCUUCCUCGGUCAUUGUUGCUUGGCAACAGCUCCACUUCUCGCUUCAAGAGAUUCAAUCCAUUAAAAUUUAUUCUCGCUUCUCAUCGGGAUUGUACAUAUCAACACAGCAUGAAAUAUUUAUCAAACAAUUAUUCUUCCUAUUUAUUUAAUAAUUUUUCAAUUCAUUAUGUUCCGACGAUGGCAAGACAACAGCAAUAUCACACCACGCUUCAGCCUCUUAACAAUUAUGAUGAAGAGUCCAAUGAUGCUAUCGGAAAGUACACAUUUAAAGUCAAUCAACAAGUUGAGCAAUAUUUAAAGCAAGCCAGACAAAGACAUCAAGAGCUCUCCAAUUCUGUCUAUUCGGGCCAACCAACAAAACCAACACAAUUUGUUGAACUGAAGUUUUUCACUAAAGUAACAGAAUUAACUGAUAAAUAUGAAAAUUUGAAAACACAAUUAGCACAACUCGAAGAAAUGAAACAAACAGAAACAGAUCCCGAAUUAAAACAAAUGGCAAAAGAGGAUUAUAUUGAAACAGAAAAGGAAUAUUUGAAAAUUCAGGAUAAUUUAAUUGGAGUGUUACUGAAUGCUCCUCAAUUAGAUAGCAACGAAGUUCAAAUUUCUUCCAAUAAUAACGCAAUUAUCGAAAUUAGACCAGGAACAGGAGGCGAUGAGGCUUCUUUGUUUGCAAUGGAAUUAUUUAAAAUGUAUGAAAAGUAUGCCUUGGCUAAAGGUUGGAAAUUUGAAGUAUUGAGCUUGAGUGUAAACUGUGGAGGAGAAGGGUGCAGAGAAGGAAUUGCGCUCAUUUCAGGUUCAUCGUACGGUGGAGAUGAUGACUCGGCAUUGGGUGUUUACGGAAGUAUGAAAUUUGAAAGUGGUGUUCAUAGAGUUCAAAGAGUACCAGUUACAGAGUCACAAGGAAGAGUUCAUACAUCGUCUGCAUCAGUGGUAGUUUUGCCAGAGAUCACUGAAUCAGACAUUAAGAUCAACUUGUCAGAUGUAAAAAUUGAGACAAUGAGAGCGAGUGGAGCAGGAGGACAACAUGUGAACACCACAGACAGUGCCGUGCGUUUGACUCACAUUCCUACAGGUACAACUGUGUAUAUUGCCGAUGAAAGAUCACAACAUCGAAAUAAGGAAAAGGCCUUCAAAAUUUUGCAUUCACGACUUUUCCAAAAACAACAAGAAGAGAAAAUGCAGAAAAUGACAUCUGAAAGAAAGGAACAGAUAGGAAGUGGAGAUAGAUCUGAAAAAAUUAGAACCUACAAUUUCCCUCAGGACAGAAUUACAGAUCACAGGAUUUCCUAUACUCAAUUUGGUUUGGAUAAGAUGAUGGAUGGUGAAAUAUUAGACUCGUUUGUUGAAAUGCUCUCAAAGCAACAGAAAAUGCAACAAUUCUCAGCCAUGUUCGAAAAACAAGAGACUGUCCAGUCAAAACCGGCUAAGAAGAAAUAA